UCUGACCCUCCCCCUCCAGGCCCCCCCCUCCCACCAUGUCCCCCCCGACCCCCGACUACCUUUACCCCUACAACGACACGUGGGACGACUCCUUCCUGGACGACCUGGACGCGCCGUCGGUGCCGCUCACCCUGCGCUUCGUGCUGGCCCUCUACGCCCUCAUCUUCCUCCUGGGCGUGCUGGGCAACGGCGCCGUGGUCUGGGUGACGGCGCUGGAGCUUCGCCGCACCGUCAACGGCGUCUGGUUCCUCAACCUGGCCGUGGCCGACCUGCUGUGCUGCCUGGCCCUGCCCUUCCUGGCGCUGCCCCUGGCCCGCGACCACCACUGGCCCCUGGGCGGGGUCUCGUGCCGGGUCGUGCCGUCGCUGACGGUGCUCAACAUGUUCGCCAGCGUCCUGCUGCUGACGGGGCUCAGCGCCGACCGCUGCGCCCUCGUCACCCGCCCCGUCUGGUGCCACAACCACCGCACGCCGGGCCUGGCGCGGGGGGCCUGCGCCGGCGCCUGGGCGGCGGCCGCGCUGCUCACGCUGCCCUCCUUCGUCUUCCGCACCACCCGCGUCGACUCCUUCGCCGCCAAGACCACCUGCGUGCUGGACUACUCCCUGGUGGGCUCCCACCAGCGCCUCACCGAGGUGGCCACGGCGGUGACGCGGCUGCUCUGCGGCUUCGUGGGGCCGCUGGCGGUGAUCUCGGCGUGCUACGGGCGCCUCCUGUGCCACCUGCGCGCCAAGGGCUCGGCGUGGCCCCAGCGGGCGACGCGGACGGUGCUGGCGGUGGUGGUGAGCUUCUUCGUCUGCUGGCUGCCCUACCACGCCGUGGGCGUGGCGCUGGCGGCGGCGCCGGCGGGCAGCGCGGCGUUCCGGGCGGCGCAGGACGCCGACCCCGUGGUGGCGGGGCUGGCCUACGUCAACAGCUGCCUCAACCCCCUCAUCUACGUGGUGAUGGGCCGGGCCUUCCGAAAACGCGUGCGCCGGUCGUGGAGGGGCGUCCUCAAGGGGGUCCUGGCAGACGAGCCCGUCUCCGGCGACGGCAAGAGCAAGAGCGGCACCACCACCCUGGAGGAGGAGCAGAGCGUGGGCACGGCGGUGUGAGGGGCGUUGGUCAUCAUCAUCAUCGUCAUCGUCAUGGGGGUCCCACCAGGGUGUGGGCAUGGGGGUGUGAGGAGUGUUGGCCAUCGUUGUCGUCAUCGUCAUCAUCAUCAUCAUCAUCGUCAUCAUCCUGGGGGUCCCACCAGGGUGUGGGCACGGGGGUGUGAGGAGUGUUGACCAUCGUCAUCGUCAUCGUCAUCCUGGGGGUCCCACCAGGGUGUGGGCACGGGGGUGUGAGGAGUGUUGGCCAUCGUCAUCAUCGUCAUCAUCAUCAUCAUCAUCAUCAACCUGGGGGUCCCACCAGGGUGUGGGCACAGGGGUGUGAGAGGGGGUGGAGGCUCCUUGGCAUCGUUGGCCAUCAUCAUCAUGGUCAUCAUCGUCAU